AUGUCGAAUCCUCCUCCGAGAAAUCUUGAUUAUUCCCAACACUGCGCAUAUUGUUCUGAUGCCCCAGGGCACAACAUACAAAGAUGCUGGUACUUGAAAAAGGCAAUUCAAGAUUUGAUCGAUACUCGUCGAAUUAUAGUUGAAAGCCCAAAUGGACCGAACAUCAAUCAAAAUCCACUACCCAGACAUACUGAAACAAACAUGUUAGAGAUGGUGAAUGACCACGAAGAAGUUGCAGUCCCAUACAAGCCAAUCCUUAAAGUUGAAACUGGCAUGGAAAGUUCAGCAAAUGUCGUUGACUUAACAAAAAUGAUGCCUUCAGGGGUGGAAAGUACGUUUGAAAAGUUGACCCCAUCAAGCCCACCCAUCCUAACUGUAAAAGGAGCACUUGAAGAUGUUUGGGGAAGUCAGAGAGAGGCAAGAUUGGUUGUUCCAAGAAGGCCAGACAAGCCUAUCUUGAUCGUGCAAGGAGCCUAUAUUCCACCUGUGAUCAUUAGGCCAGUGUCCCAACUUCCAAUGACUAAUCCCAAGGCUGUCCCUUGGAACUAUGAGCCUACCGUUGUGACAUACAAGGGGAAAGAAAUCAAUGAAGAAGUAGAUGAAAUAGGAGGAAUGACUCGUUCGGGAAGAUGUUAUGCCCCGAUUGAAUUAAGGAAAAAUAAAAAUGACCAAAUGCAAGUUAAAAGUCCAGUCACUGAAGGGGAAGCAGAUGAGUUCUUAAGAAAGAUGAAAUUGUCAGACUACUCCAUUGUGGAACAGUUAAGGAAAACUCCAGCCCAAAUCUCUUUGUUGUCAUUGUUAAUACAUUCAGAUGAACAUCGUAAAGCUGUAAUGAAGAUUCUGAAUGAAGCACAUGUUCCUAAUGAGGUUACAGUGAGUCAAUUAGAGAAGAUUGCUGGGAGAAUCUUUGAGGUAAACCGCAUCACCUUUUCAGAUGAUGAACUACCAGUGGAAGGUACGGGACAUAACCAAGGCCUCCAUAUAACUGUAAAGUGUGAGCUUUCAUAUGUCACUCGAGUUCUAAUUGACGGAGGGUCUGGGGCAAAUAUUUGUCCCUUGUCAACUCUACAAAAAUUGAAUGUUAAUGUUGAAAGGGUACGACCUAACAACGUAUGUGUUAGGGCUUUUGAUGGGUCCAAAACAGAUGCCAUUGGAGAGAUAGAGCUCAUACUGAAAAUAGGUCCUGUCGAUUUCACCGUGAAUUUUCAAGUGCUGAAUAUCAAUGCAUCCUACAAUCUAUUGUUGGGAAGACCAUGGGUGCAUAGGGCUGGGGCAGUCCCCUCUACGUUACAUCAAAUGGUUAAGUUUGAAUACGAUCGACAAGAAGUGAUUGUUCAUGGUGAGGGGGAUCUGUCAGUCUACAAGGACUCUUCCCUCCCUUUUAUCAAGGCAAAUAAUGAGAAUGAGGCACUGGUUUAUCAAGCUUUUGAAGUAGUGGUUGUUGAGCAUAUCCUCGAGGGGAAUCUCAUUUCAAAACCACAACUACCCAUGGCAUCCGUGAUGAUGGUAAAUGAAAUGCUGAAGCAUGGUUUUGAACCAGGUAAAGGCUUGGGGAUCUUCUUGCAAGGGAGAGCUUAUCCGGUGAGUCCACGAAAGAGUCUUGGUACUUUUGGCUUAGGAUACAAGCCUAGAGUCGAGGACAAAAUGAAAGCCAAAAAGCAGAGGAGAGAUGUAUGGGCACUUACCAAGCCUAUACCACCCAUAUACAAAUCUUUCCUCAAAUCCCGCAUAACAGAAUCUUCUGAGUCACCCCUCUCAGAGCCAGUAUUGGAGGUUCACGAAGAAUUGAUCAAUUAUUUUCAAGAUUUAUUUGUCGAGGCUGAUAUGAUUGAACUCGGAGAAGGCACUAGCGACAGAGAUGUGCAAUUCAUUGGUCCUGAUGUCCAGCUGAACAAUUGGGAGGCCACUCCUCUCCCCAUUAAGAAUGAGUCUUGGUAG